AUGUAGAAUUUCGAAGAUGAAACAUUUGUCCGCUAACUGAUAUCUGAUAUAACUAGACCAAUUGCUGAUAAACUUGAAAAGAUAUAGAAGGAAUUCGAAAAUAUUAGGCUUAGUAUCCACAAACACAGUAGAAUGAUAGAUAUUAUGUCAGAUAAAUCAGAUCAAUUAUCUUUUGAUAUCAAACUCACUAAUGAUACAAUCGAGAAUCUCAGAAAGAAUAUAAAGGAAGAUUAAUAAAAAGUAUUUGAAAUUGAAAACCAUUUUAAUUUGGAUUUCAAUAAUACCAGACUAGAAUAAGGAGUCAUAACACAAGAAUAGGAUAAUCUAAAGAAGGAAAUCAAAAUUUUAGGCGAUGUUUAAUAAAGUUUGACUGAGAGAGUUGAAAUAUAUAAUAAUUACCUAAGUCAGAAAUUGUACUAACAAGAGUUUACAAUUAGUAAUGUCGAUACCUCUAAUUCAAAAGUCAUCAAAGAAAUAACAAAUUUAAAUCUCAAAAAUCAGGAAGAAUUAUAAGCUUAAAAAAUAUAAACUUAAGAUAUACUAGCAAAAAUGUAAAAGAAUUCAUAAGAUCUCAAUAAGACCCUCUGCAGUUAAUAAUGGAUGUAGGAUAUGAUCGUUGAAUUAAGAUAAAAAUCAUAAUUCUAUCUUACUAUUGAUUAAGUAGAUUCGCAAUAAAAGUAACAAACUCCUUAAAAUAAUACUCCUCCUGUGAUUACUUAGAGUUGUUAAAUUUCAAAUUAAGUUGAUUAAUAAGAUUUCUCUGAAAUUAUUGCUGAAAAGCUUAAUAAACUAAAAAAUUAAAUUAAUACAGAAAUGUAAUAAUAAAAAGAAUAAAAUUCUUUCUAAAUAGAAGAAUUAAAAAAAGCAUUAAAUACUUUUAAGUCAGAUUUUGUUAGAAGGCUUCAAUUAAUCUAAUCGAAUUUAAAGGACACAAAUGAUAAGUUAUUAAUCUCAGUAGGUGAAGUUCAAGAAUAAAAGUUGAGUUUGAAAUAACAAAUCAGUUAAAUUAAUGAAUUGCUCCAAAGAUAAUUUUCAAAGAUUUCUUAAGAUAUUUAAACUAUAUAAACUAAUAUAACUGGUUUGGAUCUUCGGAUGGCAGAAACACAUUCGACAGUUAUUCACGUUUAAGAUAAGUAAAAGGAGGCAUUUGUCAAUCAGACACCCUUGGAGUAUUUUAAUAAUUAAAAUGAUAUUAUCAGUCUACUGCCUAUAAAAUAAGAGUCCUAAUUUUAUGAUUCUUUUUAAUUCAAUAAUACUGUUACUUAAAAAUUUAUCAAAACAGAUUAAACUUUAUAAUUUCAGCCUUAAUAAUUGAACAGUGUCAAAAAAUAAAGAGAAAUCUAAUUUGUUGAGCCAGAAUAAACUCAAACAGUUACAGAAAACUUAGAAAAUUAAAAUAAUUUGAUUACUCCCUAAAGAAAAGUUCAAAAUGAAAUAAUUAAAUUAAAGUCAGACUUCUUUAAUGAAUAGCAAUACAAUCAAAAUCAAAUGAAUAAAUUGCUAAAAUAGAAGACCAUUACAGAAUAAGCACUAUAAGAUGUUGACAAAUAACUAAAAUAGUUUCAUUCAUAUUUUGGGGUCAUUUUUUCUUUGAUCUUACAUAAUGAGUUAACUGGGACAGAUUACCAAGCCAAGAUUGUAGGAAAUGGGUUUAAAUUUGAAUUCUUACCCUUUUAAUAGGAUGAAAAAACAAUGAUGUUAUAUUAAAACAACAAGAUUUCAAAAGUAGAUCUGUUAAUGAAGACUAUUAUUUGUACUAACUCUAUGAUAGCAAAACAAAAAUAGAAUGGCCUCUAGUUUUAAUAAGAAAAAUAGAAGUAAAAUACAGAAAUAAUUCGAGAAUUAUAAACCAUGUAUAUCAAUAAAAAGAAUAGACUCAUAGAUGACAAAUACUAGACUGAAAGACUUAAUUUAUCUCUAGACACACCAGCAUAUUAGUAGACACCAAAAUAGAAAGUGACGAAGGUCCUAGUAAAAUAUAAGAAAUUAUUGGAUUGA